UGUGUGGGGAAAAGAGUCAGCCUCAGCUCACCGAAGCAUAUACUUAUACUUGAUUGGUUAUGAAAGAAUGUUUUGCAUGACCUUUCCGAUUUAAAACUGCAGAAGGGGAAAUUAAAAGGACAUACCUGGUAUGUUAAGAAGAAUUACUGCAAAUGUGGCUCUAACCGGUCAAACUGGAAAGGUAACUAAAACGAUUCGCCAGAGUAAGUUAAUAAUGUCACGUCGGCUGCAUGCUCGCAGGAUCGAUGGAGUCGACAAAAAUAUAUGGGUGGAAUUCACUCAGCUAGCUGCAGACUACAAAGCUGUAAACCUGGGUCAGGGAUUUCCUGAUUUCUCUCCACCCAGCUUCAUUCAAGAAGCCUUCUCUCAAGCUGUGAGCGGGGGAUGUUCUCUCCAUCAGUACACUCGUGCAUUUGGCCACCCACCUCUGGUGAAGAUUCUGGCAAAAUUCUUUGGAAGGGUCUUAGGCCGGGAAGUGGACCCGUUAGAUGAUGUGCUGGUGACUGUGGGGGCCUAUCAGGCUCUGUUCUGCACUUUUCAGGCGCUGGUUGAUGAAGGAGAUGAGGUGAUUAUUAUUGAACCAUUUUUUGACUGCUACCAGCCGAUGGUUAAAAUGGCUGGUGGGAAAGCCGUCUAUGUGCCUCUGAGACCGAAAAUGGAAAAAGGGAAGGCUUUGUCCAGUGGAGAUUGGGUUUUAUCUCCUGAGGAGGUGGCGAGUAAAUUCACAGCACGCACAAAAGCCAUCGUCCUGAACACACCCAACAACCCCCUUGGAAAGGUGUACAAGCAGGAGGAGCUGCAGGUGAUAGCAGAGCUGUGUGUGAAGCAUGACGUGGUGUGCAUCAGUGAUGAGGUCUACGAGUGGCUCACCUACAACGGCGCCAAGCAUGUGAAAAUCGCCAGCCUGCCUGGGAUGUGGGAGCGGACUGUCACCAUCGGGAGUGCAGGGAAGACUUUUAGUGCUACAGGAUGGAAGGUGGGCUGGGCAAUUGGCCCUGGACACAUAAUGAAACACUUGAAAACCGUCCAUCAGAACUCUGUGUACCACUGUGCCACUGCUGCUCAGGAGGCUGUGGCCCGGGGGUUUGAGAGGGAGUUUGAGCAUUUUGGGAAGCCAGAGAGCUACUUCCUCCAGCUGCCCGAAAGGCUCCACUAUAAGCGUCAGAAACUAGCCCAGUGUCUGAUGAGUGUGGGUCUCAAGCCCAUCAUGCCUGAGGGAGGCUAUUUCAUGAUGGCUGACAUUUCCGCAAUGAAUGUAGACUUCCAAGAUGCGAGCACACAAGAUGAGCCUUAUGAUUACAGAUUCGUCAAGUGGCUUAUCAAGGAUAAGGGUUUAGCUACAAUACCAGUCUCUGCUUUUUACAGUCCAGAACACAGCAAAUACUUUGAAAAUUACAUCAGGUUCUGCUUUGUCAAGGAGGACUCCACACUAAAUGCAGCAGAGGAGAUUUUGAAGGAGUGGAGCAAGAGUGUAGCGGAGAGCUUAGCUGAGCCCUAGCCGGCUCCAUAACGAAAAGCCGUGUCUUGGAUCUCAGUUCAAUCACAGCUAUUUUUGUAGCAUUCAUUUUGUCUGUUGCUAGAAUAAACAAGAAACUGGCUUAAGCACAAGCCAUAACUUUCAUGGACUUUGUGCAUAAGUGGAUGUGGGAAAAAACAAGUACUUAUUGUACAUAUUGUGGUACUUAUUUGUACUUAUUUUGAGGUAAUGCACAUUUAGGCUUAGAGAAACAGGUAAUGUAGAAAUUAAGUGAUUUAAACCAACAAGUGAAUUUAAAACCCUGUAACCCAUUCUUUGAAGUGUUAAAACAGGAAAUCCUGCUCAGUUGAAUAUUCUCACAAAUGUGACGAUUCUAUCCAGCGUUUCUGCUCGAUUCAAUGCAUAUUUUCAUUGGAUACACUAGAGCUGUUGCAAGUCUGAUUGUGUUUUUGUUAGGGAUGAAAGGGACUUCAUCUUCAUGUAUCAUAUUCCUGUAUUUUAAGAUUUUGCAUAUGCUGGCUCCGUCCUUGAAAUCUUAUUAGGAA